AUGGCACCUCGUAAGCCUACCUCCAAGCCAAAGUGCACCCCCUCACCACCUGCCGCGAAACAGCAGAAUUACUGUUUCAGCGAAUCCCAACAUGUUGUCCAUCACCAAGAAAUCAAGGAGACCCAGACAGCAAAACAGAAGAAGAAAACCUUAAAGGCUGCCUACCAAGGGCAUCCUGACGUCUUCAAGAAAGAGCCGUCAGAGCUCCUUAGCGACAUGGACAGGCAAGAAGACACAAUGUUCUCUGAUCACAGUGUCAAUACAAGGUUGUCCAACACUAAUAGCCUGACAUUCAGUACAGGGAAAAUCCCUCCAAGGUUGUGCAACCCAUCCAUACAUAAAACUAAAGGACCAAAAGAUACCAUGGUGCCGAAGGUCAAGAACAACACUGACAGUUUGCGUCGACGCAUGAAAGCCAGCAACUUUGACAAAAUCUCAAAAGAGAUUCUCAUAACUGCUUGCUCCAUUUAUCGGUGUCUCAUCGUCACACAGGCACCUUUUCCGGAUUCCAUUGCAGCUGAGACAAAACUGGCGAAAGAGGCCUGGCGCGAGGCAUGUCAACUCAAAGGUGUUGACGUCAAACUGACCCCUUCGGCAGUGAAUAUGCUAUUAAAACGCACUUCACAAGUGCAAGGCGAACUCAAGAUGAAGAUGCGUCCACCCAUGGCUUCAUUUCACGGCUUCCGCUCAAGUAAUUCUAUGGAGGUGAUAAGGUCAAACCGAGAUCUUGCGGAGAGAUUGAAAAUUGGCUCGAUCUUUGUUUUCAAGGACCCAUCAUCGAAGUCAGGCAUCUACAAGACUGAUGAUGAGGGUGUCAUCUACCACAAAUACUUCAACCUCAUCCCUAUCAAAACUAUUGCGCUCGUGCUUACAGCUAUAGAAUGUUGUGUCGAUGAGUGGUCGCAAGGCAUCAAAGAGGACAUCAAGUUCACAUCUGCUAGUUAUGGGGCCGUCUACAACCAUCAUUUCAGCUCACUGCAACGCUUUGAUGAGCGCACGGUGGCUUACACACUCCUCUCAAAAAUUUAUAUCAAUCUGCAUGAUACAGCACGCUUCCAUGCAGGUGUCGCAUUACUCAUUCCAUUGUCAGCUACAUCCCAGGCCCACAUCGACAAUGCGGCAUUUGAAGACGCUAUUCGAGAGUACCAGCGUGAGGGGAAGGAUGUGGCAGUCGAGGAUAGUGAUGUUCUGGCCCGGCUUAGGCUCGGCUUCAAAGGGCUUAGGCUCACAAAAAUUCAGAGCCUAGGCCGACGCGCAACAUGGUGCUCGGUUUCUGUGCUCAUCAUAGAUAUUGGGUGGACAAUCACACUUGCGAAGGUGAAGCACAUAAGGCUUCAAAAUUACCAAAAAUAUUGGCUUGUGCAGUUGAGAUCUAGUUUGCCGACAGCGGACAACACACAAGAGAAAAGGCAUCAAAGGAGGAGUAGGCUUUUCGACUGCAAUGCCGCCGGCUCAGGCUUUUCGAAAUUCAAGCCCAGGCCCAAGCCUUUCUCAGGCCGUGACUUAGGCCUAGGGCCUCAAGCCGAGCCGUGCACAUCACUAGUCGAGGAUGAGGUCGAGGAGUAUGAGUAUCCUAGUAGCGAGGGUGGGGAUGAUGAAUAGGGACGCAGUGAGUAAGACAUUCGUAUUAUGCUAGUUUGUGUUUCAGGUGCUUGAAUUUAAUUGUUACUACGAGGUUCUUUGGUGUGCUAUAUAGCUGCUGGUAGUAAUUUAUAGCUGCGUUUAGUAGCACUCCGACAAACUACAGUAGUACCUCGUAGCUACUAGUAGUUACUACGGGACCCUAUGGUGACUACAUAGAGGGCACUUGACAACGGGGCUACUUGUGCUACCCUGACUAUAUAGUGCUAUGUAGUCACUUUGUUUUUUCCUGAUGUUGUGUUGCAUCUAGCUUGACUAUCAGCUUUUGCUCUACAUUUCCUUCACGUUGGAGUUUGAGUGACGUGUGGGUGUUUUCCCGACUAUAUACUAGUGUAUAAAAUUUAGACAAUGUUCUUUCCUCUACAAGGUCAG